AUGGGUCAAAUCAAUAUCGGCUUCAGAAAGAGCGUUUUCGAGUUGGAGGCUAAGGAGGAGGAGGAGGAGGAGGAGGAGGAGGAGGAGGAGGAGGAGGAGGAGGAGGAGGAGACCAGCGGUGGCUUGACCGGCCUGGCACUCAGCCGCACAAGGCAAGUGCUUGUGGACCAGCCGGCAGGCUUCCUUCGGAUGUUCAGCAAGAAGGCCUACAAGGAGACCUGUGGACGUGACGCCACAGAGAAUGGCCUGCAGCUCGAGGACGCGACCCUCCCGGACGACAGCACUAAGAGUGUCUUCCAGCGCGGAAGAUGUGAUGAUGUGAUUCAAGAGCGACUGCUUCAGGUCUGGAUCGGGCUGAAGGAUGUUUGGGAUCAGCACAUGGACCAGGACGUGUUCUUCGUCGUGGACCCCAAGUGGUCCUACAACUUCAGCCGCCUGAUCGAGGCGCAUGCUGUGGACACGUACGGCGAGUUCGUGGAUGCCAACGAAGAGCGCCUGAAGAAGAUUCCGCCGCCGCCGAUUGCGGUGGAGUACUACCUCAGCGACGAGCUGUACCUCUUCGACAAGAUGCAAACCAGCAUUCCGGAGGGCAGCAAGCGCAGGCCGCCCUGCGCCACGCUGUACGAUGUCUUCUCCAACAUCCGAGAUGAUGAGGAGCAGCACACGAAGACCAUGACAGCCUGUGAGGAGUGGAGCCAAGGGGGGAAGCCCCCUGUGGACCUCGGCUUCAACUUCAACAGCAAGCUGACCAAGGAGGAGUAUCUCCGCAAGGUCAGACAGACGGAGGCCGGGCGCGAUGCGUGGCUCGCCUGGGGCGAGGAGGCCGCUAGCCUCCCUCUUCCGUUGGCUGCUUUGGAGAACACGCAUGUCUAUGUGACGAAUUUUGCUUCCCAGCAGCAGGCGAACCCGGACGCCUGA